ACUAGAUUGUUUAGUGUAGCGAGAAAUAAUGCACAAAUUUCAAUCAUGCAGUUUUCUUCAACAAAUUGAUCCAACUUGAUUAUGUUUUGAUCGUUUGGAAGCCAAAUACUCAUCCCCACGACCAUAAGGUGUCGCAAUUUGAAUCGUUAUUGGACGCCAUGGGGCUAAUAUAGUUAUGAAAAGUCGUAUCGGACCCGAAGAUCAGGACAACGCGAUGGAACUCCAAACUAUCACCACUGAAGAUGAUCCGUAUAGCGUCGAUCCUUACUCAAUAGGCCAAGAUGAAGGAACGAGUAGCAUCAGCCGCAACCUCCCAAGCAGAGCCGCUAGUGCUCGACAUGGGACAGUUAGAAAACGAUCUAUCCGACGAAAAUCUAUCCCAAUGGUUGAGAUGGAAGAUAAAGAUGAAUUGAAUGAUUAUGAAAGUGUCAAAGCAGUGGCUGCUCCGAUGGAAAAGAGGCGAGAGUUGAAGAGGCAUCAACAUCAACAACAAGCCAGACACAUAUCUUGCUGGAAAGCGUUCAAACUUGGGACAGCAAUGCAAUGGAAGAGAUUCUCUGCAGGCAUCAAGGAAUUCUUUCAAGAUAUUGAGCUUUGGAAAGGUCAUUUAAAACAAGUAGAAGGUCGUUUUGGCAAUGGAGUGUUGUCAUAUUUUCUUUUUCUGAAGUGGCUCAUGUUCCUCAAUUUAUUCCUUUUUGUCCUGGUGUUUUCGUUCACUGGUAUUCCUACCCUGAUCCAACAUUACCAACCACCUACAUAUACCAAUGCAAGCACUACUGUUCAUCGUACAAAUAGCUGUAUAUUUGGUUAUCCAGAGGACCGGUAUAUCAAAGAGGACAAGAUAGAUGAUAUGAUUGUUGAUUUUAUUACAGGCCAGGGCUGGAUCAACACUACCAUCAUGUUCUACAGCAAUUAUCCAAGCACAAAUCUCAACCUUGAUUUCAGUUACAAUUUGCCUCUGGCAUACCUGAUUGUUGGUGGGGCAUAUUUCUUUAUCAGUCUGCUUCUCAUGAUUAAAAAUUUGACAAAAAGUUUUCAAGAAAGUUACAUCGAAGGUGGAAACAAAUUUUAUUCCUACUGUAACAAAGUUUUUGCAGCCUGGGACUAUUGCAUCAGUGAAGAAAACACUGCAAAUGUUAAAUGCCAGAAUAUUGUUCAGGACAUCAAUGCUGAAUUAGCUGAAGAAGACCGACUUGAGAAAGUACAAGCACGUACCAAAUCAAGAAAAGCUGCACUCUAUUCUAUAAGAGUUUUGGUAUCUGUGUUGGUAAUUGCAAUUCUGGUGGGAGCAAUCUAUGCCAUUAUUUAUACAGUUGAAGUUUCUACUAACCCAACAUAUCAGAAAGACAAGUCCAACAUAGUGAAGACCAUCAUCAGAUCAGCACCAUCAUUAACCAUCACUGUUCUCAACUUGCUGCUUCCACCUUUCUUCCAAAUCCUCUCUCAAGUAGAGGAAUGGAGUCCUAGGUUUGAAGUUGCUUUGAAUCUAUGGAGGACUGUACUGUUGAGGCUGGCCUCUGUAGCUGUUCUUAUGAUAACACUUUAUGCCGAAGUUGGAAAUCGAUGUAACGUAUUAGACAGAUCUGUUUGCUGUCAAAAGAGUUGGGAAAAUGAGAUAGCAUCUCAAAUGUAUAUGCUCAUAUGGAUUGACCUCUUUGUUGUCAUCUUGACAACUGCUGUCUUGGAAACAGUGAAAAAGUUACUGCACAAACACACCAAGCUGUUCAGGAAACUUAAUUUAAUGCCAGAGUUUCAGAUCCCAAAGAAUGUAUUGGACUUAGUGUAUGGCCAGUGCCUUAUCUGGAUUGGAGCUUUCUUUAGCCCACUCAUUCCAGCCAUGGGAGUGGUCAAACUCUUUAUUACAUUUUAUUUGAAAAAGGUCAGUUUGAUAUACAACAACAAACCAUCCAACAAGCCCUACCAGGGUGCAAGGUCAAACUACCUGUUCACUGUCCUACUCCUUAUUACCUUCUUCAUGUGCUUGGUGGCAGUCGGAUGGGGAAUUACCAAGGUUCGGCCAUCAUGCCAUGGACCUUUCCUCAAUCAAUACUGUGAUGAAAAGGAAAUCAUUAAUACUUUGUCAGACGUGAUUAACACAUGGCCAGCUGGUAUCAGAGAAAUCAUUAACUACAUCAGUACAGCGGCAUUCAUCUUUCCAGGCCUUAUGGUCUUCUUUUUGCUCAUCUAUUACUUCCGUUCAAUGAUUAAAGUCCAUCUUCAAAUGAUUGAGAUGCUAAAGGAUCAGUUGGUUUUGGAGGGCCGUGACAAGAGGUACUUGAUGGAAAAACUAAUAAUGGCUGGUAAAAGAGAUGCKGCAAAUGAGGAUGAGGAUGGAAAUGCAUCUGGAGUCACGAGAGAAACACAGGUCCAGCCUGGUCGGAAUUCUGGGAAUUUAAAUUUCUGAAUGUGUUACGAUGUCUGACAACACCCAUCCAAAGGUUCUUACUUAUAAAGAGUGGGAUUUUUUUUUAUAAUCUGUUUAUACAACCAAUAGACCUUUCCUGAAUUUGCUUGACUGACCACGAAACAAUGGUUUGAAGUCGAGACUGAACUUGAUUCUUUUAUUGAUCAAGUUCAACCUCGACUUGAAACCAUUGUUUUGUGAUCAGUCAAGCGAAUUCGGGAAAAUCCUAUUUAAAUUGAAUUGCAUAUAUUGGUCAAUAAUCAUUGUAUGGUUAAGCACACAUAUUGAUAUAAGUCAGCUCUGGGUGGGGGUGAUUGGAUGUGGGGAUUUUAGGCCACCCAGUAUUUUAAAAUAGCAAAAACAACUUAAACAUUGUAGCAAUAGAGAUUUGCAUGAUCACGUGCUGUCAGUCAUGUUAGAUGGGGAAAUUGAAUAAUUUAUUUCUUGUGUGUGUAAAAUGAAUGUUACAUAAGGGUUUUUUUGUACAUUUAUGUAUAAAUCUUUAAAUCAUGUAUGAUUUUUUCACUCAUCAUGACUGUUGUCAUGCAAUGCCUAAAAUGUCUAUAAGCCCUACCCUACCCCCUCCCUCCUCAAUCAAAACUGGUCUGAAGUUCUCAAUAGAUGUUAUGUAAAGUGUGUAAACUUUUAUAGCCAAACUAUGACACUAUAAAGUGAAAGUUAUUGUUAUGCUUAUCAGCAUAUGAUAGCUCUAUGGGUUACCAAUAGAAAAAGAAUUUUGCAUUUGUGUUUUUUUCUAGAAUGUUUUAGCAAACAGGUGCAAAGAAAACUCUGAGAGUGACAAGGGAACUAGUUUUUGCAUUUAGCUAAUUACAGAGGAUCCUAGGGAUUGAAAAUCUCAACCAAACUUCUCUUUAUGUAGAGAUAGAAACUUUUGAGGUUUUUACAACUACUAUUCCUUAACAACUAUAUAUGUGUAUUUAUACAUGUUUAGGGAUCAGCAAUUUUAAAAACCUUAGUUUCUGUUAUUGAACAUUUCAUUUUAUUUUAUUGAAGAAAGGUUCCUCCUAGUCAGGAGAAAGGUGUGCAAGAACAUGGCACAUUUAUAUAGCUCCUUUAUUUCUUGGCCUUCCACAGACACCACCAUCUCCCCCCAAACACACACACACACACUGGUCUAUCGGCGGUGGCAAUCAACGCAGUCCCAAAGCAAGCAUUGCACCAUUUAUGCAUAAGAGGGUGACUGUUUAAUAAUAGACAUUCGUAGUUUCAAAGUAUAAUUUAAGGUUAGAACUAAUAGUUCCAAAACAUAUUUAUUUGUGUUGUCGCACAUCAUGUUAUAUCUUAUUAGAAUCAUUUGCUAAACUAUUAAGUUAUCAUUAGAAUUACAAGUUAUCAGUAUUUAAGUUUACCAUAUAGAUUACAGUUAAAAAUGGUCAUACACUUUGUUAAGAAUAUCAGUGAACCUUAAGGAAAAGCAAUAGCAUAUGUUGCAUUAUCACCAUUGUUUUCAUUGCUAUGUGCUGAUCGAGACAACAGUCACGACAGAGAAGUCUUGCAAUAAACUACUGUCAAUCAGUGCCUUUACAUACUCUAAUUUAUGCCCGAUUUCCAUGUCGCAACUGUUGUCUCGUGUGGCAAUGAACCUUGGUCACCUUAGAAUAAUUCUUGUGGCAGUGGUGUUUAUUAUUUGGUUUGGUUGGUCAAAAUAUUCACAAGUAACACUGAAGAAGUUACUCCAAAUUAUUUGCUCAAUAUUACUCAUACUCUAGUCUUUUAUGAUUCAAAUGAUUUUGGAUAACAUGAUGAUUUUUUAACUUUCAAUAAAUAUUUUUGUAGCUGAUUUAGAUUAUCUAUGAUUGCUUGUUAUGAUUAUUGGUUUGUGAUUGAUUUAAUAGUUAAUUUAUUAACUAUUAUUAAAGAGUUAUAAUGCUUA